AUGGCGGAUGUAAAUGAUGUAAAUACGGUACGUGUUUCUUAAUUUAUGUAUUUAUUCAUAAAGUUAAAAUGCAUUUUAGCGUUUGAUCAUGAUAAUAUUUUAAAUGUGUAUUAUUAAAAUGCUGAUAGUGAAUAAUUAAAUCAUAUAUUACAUUUAUAUUCUCAUAUAGACUGCUGCUGCUGCAUCUGCGAGUUCGGAUUUGUCAGGAGACCAAACUGCAAAGUCCCGAAAGGGUAAAAAGGUACAAUAUUAAAGAUGAACACACAACCAAAUUCUGCAAGGCGGCCGGGGCCAGAUUGCAGAUUAGGAAAAGUGCACACUUGCAAAUUUUUUGUACAUUUAUAUAAACUUUGAAUAAUUAAUUAUAUAUACAGUAUUUGUGGAAUUGUGGCUAUACACCUACAUAUAAAGUAACAAAAUUUGUUGUAUAUUUAAUAAAAUGGUAAUUUUAAGCGUCCAUGUCUAUAUUCAUAUUGCCAUGCUGCCCACAUAUAACAUUGCACUAACGUUAAGUGAGCUCGGGUGGGGGUGGGGGGGUAACAUCAACUUGUUGACAUUAUCUUGUGGGAACUAUAAUGGGGGACCUAUUAUAGUCUGGCAGUUAAGCGGUUUCAGCCUAUUUUGUGAGUCGGAUUAUGGAAAAGUAUUGAUUUUUGUAGCGGUUUACGGUGAGGAUACUAUCUAGCGGUGGCGGAAUUUCACAACUUUAUCACACAGUUUUUAGGCAAGUUUAAUCGUGGAUUACGGUUAGAAAUAUAAUUCAGUGCCCUUUCAUAAGGGCUCAAAAGCUAUCCAUCCUUCAUGGCAUUUUUGAAUGCUUGAAUUAUGCUUCGUAUAGAAAAUGGAAUAAUGGAUGGUCUUUAUUGCUUUGUGUGGAAAACAAGGCGGUCACAGUUGUACAACAAAAUGACGAGCGGUUGACGGAACAAGAGAAAAAAAUUGCACGGUUUGAGGAAAGACUUCCCCCUAUAAUAGGCCCACAUAAUUGUCCUAUAAGUUACAGCGUUUAAAUGUGGGUGUAUAUGAGUUAUGUUAAAUACCAAUUCAACAGGGCCCCUAAGUAUUUGGGUCUUAAAUAUUUGGUUUGUUGGUUGGUUGAGCAGCCAUGCCCCCCCCCCCACUCCCCCUUUAUAAUAGGAAAAUAGAACACUGAUUGGUAAAAUAAGAAGAUGUUAUUGUUGCCAACCCGGCCCUCUCACCCCGGCAAAGGAUAAGCCACUUUAGACAGGGAAAUUAAUAAUGAGUAUUUGCCUAGAUUUGUAUAUAUAUAUAUAUAUAUAUAUAUAUAUAUAUAUAUAUAUAUAUAUAUAUAUAUAUAUAUAUAUAUUAAGAAUGAUGCUUUGUGUUUAUUUACUCUCAAAAUAAGGGAUUUGGUCACUUCCACUGUUGUAGUUUGCUGUAAUUUACUUCUGCUUGUUUAGUACGGCAUGGUUGCUGAAUUAUGGGUGAAUGUGGCGAUAAAAUUUAAAUUUGCACAUUUGAUGUGUUAACUUGCAGUAUAAAGUAACUAAAAAUACAUCCUUUGUUUAUAGUGUUGUAAAUGAUCAUAUGAAAUCACAUAAAAUCUAAAUUUUAUCACAGUAUUUGCUUAUAAUUUGGAAGGUUCAUAUAUUUAAUUUCAUUGUAUGUAAUACUGACCGUAAACCUCCGAAUAUAAGCCCCCCGAAUAUAAGCCCCCCCCCCUCCCUGUGCAUAACAUUACUGCAUGUACUAAUUAAUGCUCAUCUCAUUCCAAAUAUAAGCCCUCCCCCCUCAAAUAUAAGACAUUGUCAUUGUCUUUAUAGCUUGCUAUAUUAAUCAAAGCACAUUGUUAAUACAUGUUUAUUUUCCUGUUUAUGACUGACUUGUUUAUUACUAACACAAACGAUUGUCCAUGUAUAAGCCCCCCUUAUAUAUAUGCACCCCCCUUGUAUAAACCCAUAAAAAAACGCUUAUGAAAGAAUAUAAGGCCAGGGCUUAUAGUUGGAGGUUUAUGGUAUGAUCAAAUUUUACAGUUGGUAUAUGAACCAAAUCAACGGAAGCGAAAUAGGAUAAACAGACAGUAUGCAAAAAGUAUUAGUAAAAAGGUUAGUUUUUACAGCAAUGUAUGUGUAGUGUAUUUGUAUGUUGAUUUAUUAUUCUCCAUGAUGAAUAAAAUUAGCAAGCAUCAUAGUCAUAGCAGGGUUUUCUUACAAUUAAGCAACUGAUCACCAGAUGCUACAGGAUUUAUGUCAACAAAUAGAUUUUGUUUGAAUGCUGUAACUAAUUAUUGCCUGUAACUGCUUCCCUUGUCAUGCAUCUACUGCAGACAAUUUUGUUUCCCCAUUUAAUUUUUAGUGAAAUAAUUACUCCUGGGUUCACAACAUCUAUUUUUGUUGAUGCUAUAUAUACCUCCCUCAAAAUAUAGUAAAUCUUUAGUUUAAUUAAACAGUGGCAGGUACAGAAUAAUAAGACUGCUUUACCUCAUCACUUUAACAUCAAGCAUUUAAUGUGUCCAGAAACCUAGAUCGGUCCUAGCAGUAUCAGGUCAAGUUCUUUGCUGAAAGCUUAUGCUAAACUUUUUGGGAAUAAGGCAAAGUUUUUGUGUUUUAAUUAAACUUAGUUUUUAAAAUUUCAUAUUUUUUUUUCAGAUUAAAGAGUGGCAUACAAAAACUAAAAUUCCAGUCAUGUUGAUGACCUACAGAAAUAAUUCUGUGCUGUAUGAAUGUAUGUAUGUAGAAUGAUUACUGUAAUGUGAAACAACUUGCAUGAUAUGAGUCAUGUUGUUUGAGUCAUAGGGUAUGAGUCAUAGGGUUGCAGGGCUCAAGAUUAGUGGUAUCCCGAUAUCCACGGGAUACCAGAUUUCAAUUUUGGAUACUAUAGAUAUCAUAGGCUUAGUAUCUCGACGGGAUACUAAAAAAAUCGAAAUCUUGGUGAAAAUGAUGCGCAAUUUUUGGGACAAGAUUUUGCCUAUUAAUCACAUGUUUUAGACAGCAUGCCUGUCAUAAUUUCAAGAAGGACAGUACCUUUCAAGAAGUACAGUUGUACCACUCUAAACAAAUUUUGCAUGUAUUAUUAUUUUAUAAAAUCUCUAGAAUAUAUUAGAAACAACUGAACUGAAACUAUCCUUUUUACAAAAGCUUGGAUAUGUAAAAAGAGGAAAAUAAAAAUUAGUCACAACCACUUUACUAAUAACAGAUUUUUUUGCACAUUGUUUGGAAAAGUGAUGUGCAAUAUUCCCAAUUUUAGACAAAACGAUGUGCAAAUUGCAUAUUGCACACUGUUAAUUCGAACCCUGCAUGGGUGACCCUAACGAAUGAUAAGAUGUUUUGUAGUACUUGUUUACACACCUGUCCAGCAGUUAUUUACCUUGUUUGGAUACUGCUUAUCGAAAUACCUACUACCCAAAUUUGGGAUACUAAAUUUCAAAUAUAGGGAUACUAGAUUUUAAGACCCUAGAUAGUAUCCACUUGGAUACUAGUAAAAAAUUCAAAUCUUGAGCCCUGGGUUAAGGGUUAAGUAUAAGAUUAGGGUAUAAUUAGGUUUAGGAUUAGGGUUUAAAGUUUAAUAUACCAAGAAUACAAAUUACAAAAGUCUAUAAAAAUAGUAACUCCCCCUAAAAUGUGACAGGUACGUAUAACAACUUGAUACUUGCAUAGGCAAUGACACAUGUACAUAACAUUAAUUUCAUACAAUUUUAAUAGGUUCCGAAGGCCUUGAGCCAUUUGCAAAGGAUCCUGUGGUAAAAGAUGCAUUUAUAGAAAAUGUUGUUAAGUGUGGAACCAGAAAUCUUAGUAGAGGUUUGUUUAUAAAUUUGUGUCAUUGCAUGUACAUACAGUACUUCAUUACUAUGAUUUUGCUAUUGAAUAUUUAAAAAUGUUUGUAUAAUAUACUAGUUUUGUACCUUGCUAUAUAUUGUUUACAGUAUGUACAUGUGUAACCAGCCAAACCUCAAGAUGUUAGACAUUAUUGUAAAAUACUACAAUGAAAAAUAUAUUGUUUUUAUCUUUAUGAAAUGUUUUGUCUUGAUCAUAACAGAUAAAUCUGCUAAAAUUACAAAGCCAAAUGUUCAUUUCCCACUGGACCAGACGUAAAUUAUGAUGAUUACACUGUGGGUACAUUAAGGAAAAUGGUGACCCAAGCUGUAAUGCUGGAUGGUAUGAAUAAUGUAUCUACUAAGUAUAAAAUAAGGCAAAGAUAUAAAAUUUAAUUGUUAUCUAAUUUAGAAGUAUAUAACUAACUCGGUCUAGUCUAAUGUUAUGUACAUCUUUACAGGUCGUAAACUUCCAUACUGGACAAAAAUGGGAAAGAAGCCAAACUGGUGGCCGAGCAACGUCGAGUAUAGAAAUGUGAACUGGGGGGAAAAUAAGCCAAGGUUGAAUGAACUUGUACAAAUAAUGCAAGCAUUUAAUCGCAAUUUUGAAGAUACCUCCAGUAGGUCGGGUGAUGAUAGCCACAGUGGAAGUGAUGAUGAGGAGUAUGGUGAAAGUGAGGGUAUGGUAGGUGUCUGCUCCACAAGAGAAAAUGCUGAUGAUGGUGAUGAAAGUGAGGGUAUGGUAGGUUGCUGCUCCACAAGAGAAAAUGCUGAUGAUGGUGACGAACUUCUGGAACCUGGUGUGAAUGUCGAGAUGCAAGCUGGUUUCAUUGAUGAGACUGAAACAGAAAAUAUAAAAAGACAAGUAAUGGUAUAAAAAGUUUUUGUUAUUAAAUAUGAAUUUCUUUAAGUAUGUGAAGUACAGUCAUGGGUCGAAUCCCGCCUUCCAGAAUGGGGAAAACUGAGGAAAUAGAUGGAAAAUAUUUUGUAUUAAUGAUGGGUGGGGGGGGGGGAGAGGGGGCGUUAGAUAGGUUGGUUUAAGCUUGCUGAGGAAGACGUGAAAAUAUGACGUUUGCUGGGCAAGACAAAAUUCAUGCACUUCAGUGCAAAGAUGUUUAUGGAGGGGAAUUAGGGACAAAAUUGUUUCAGAGUCAAAGCAUUAUUGUGUCAUCACGGUCAAUACGACCCAAUGCCUGUCCAGUACGAUCCAAUUUGAUACAAUAAUGCUUUGACUCUGAAACAAUUUUGUCCCUAAUUCCCCUCCAUAGAUAUUGCAUAUGAUGAGGCCCAAAAUUUUUUGGCAUAAUCGUUUGUGCAGAUUGGGACAGAUAUGACUUCAAUUUUGGUAUUAUUUGCAGGUGUUAGGCUGUCACAUUUUACUUGUGAAACAGUUUAUAAAAAGGGCAGGGGUGGUGGAAAGAAGGGGAAACGUUGGCAAAGUGAGGGGUAUGGUUUUAACUUAAAAGAAGCAGGGAUCCUGUUCCAAACAGCAUUGUUCCAAUUUCAAAUGAACAUUAUUCCAAAAACAUACUGUUGAUCUCUAAAUUACUUAUAGUUCCGUCCGUAUCAUUCUAUCCAGGUUACUUGGAGUCGCAUUGGAUUGCUAUAAGUCGCUUAGACUGGCUGAGUACUAUGUGUGAGACUUGCAGGAAAAUUUCAUAACAUGGAACUAGUUCUUUUAAAUAUUUUUUUCUCACAAUAGCCUGCUGUUGAAAAUUUUGACAACGAAAAUGCUAGAAUUGUGCUGGAUAUUCUACAACGACAAAACAGUUGCGUUAAAUUCCUGAAAGUUUGUCAAAUCAUUUCUCCCUUGCUCAAAACGAUAGAAGUGAACACAUCUGGUUUUCUCAAAAAGGAUUUAGUCCAUACUAGGUAUAGUUAAAAUAUUUGAUGUGUGAAUGCCUUUAACUUUUCUCUUUAAAUACAGCUAUUUCAAGUAAGGUUGUCCCCGAGCAAAGCGGAAAAGUCGAAUACGAGCGGCUGCUGGGAAUCGCUAUGAAAAUUCAUUAAUUUGUAAGGGAUUCCCAGCAGCCUUUCGCGCUCAUAUUCGACUUUUCCGCUUUGCUCGGGGACAACCUUAAUAGACCUUUCCCCUUUUAAGUGAAACUUUGAUAUAGACAAGAAAUUUUUAUCUAGACAAGACUUGUGUCUGGACAACAGCUUGAAAGAGUAUCACAAAAUUAGUAAUAUUCCGAAGUUCCGUUGCGAAAUGUUGUAAAAUGCGGAUAAUAUAGCCUUGCGAAGUUUGCCGUUUUUCAGUCAUUUUGAUAAUCAAACUGAUGCAAAAUGUUAGAUUGUAAUGCAAAAUGCCGGGAAAACGGCAAACUUCGCAAGGCUAUAUUAUCCGCAUUUUACAACAUUUCGCAACGAAACUUCGGAAUAUUACUAAUUUUGUGAUGCUCUUUCAAGCUGUGAUGAAAUUUUGUCCAGACUUGUCUAGAUCAAAAUUUCACUUAAAAGGGGAAAGGUCUAUUGAAAUAGCUGUAUACUAGUACGGACGUACUGGGACAAGAAUAUAUUAAUACUGGAGGAAUUUGAAUCUAAUUCCGUGCAAUACCUUUUUAAUAAAAAAUCAUCACUUCCUACAUGCAUCGAUUAAUUCGUAGGAAACGAUGGAUUUGCAAACGCGCAAACGUCUUUCUUGAUUCCAGUAUGCCCGUUGGGGGACAUAUUUUCAGUUUUUCACGGACGAUAUCCUUAUGUAUAUGUUUUAUUUAGUAUGCGAUGUCAAGUCCCGAAAAAUCUUCGAGGAAACUUGAAAGAACCUGGAAAGGUAAAGGCUGAUGGGAAUUGUCUAUUCCACGCUGUAGCUAUGGCCAUUAACAUGAAUGGGCGAUAUGUCGGUGAAGACCUCGCGUCAAUGCUACGCUUGUAUGCAUUAACUAAGGGAGCGACAGAAAUGGAAUAUUUCAUACAAAAGGUAAAUGAACUGGAUAAGUUUGGGUAUAUCGUUUCUAAAUAUAUAGUAUUUUGUUAAGACUUUAUUUACUUAUAUGACAAAGAACAGGAUAUACCAUUUUUAAGAUGGGGGGGGGGGCAGGCACAUUUUAAUGUCCACUUUAUUUACUAUUAUAUGGUUUAACAAACAAAUAUUGCAUUGCUAAUUAAUUAACCAAGUUUUAAUACUCAUGUAUGCGCUUGUGUUGAGGAAUGUACUAGGUAAUGAUGUAGGUUUCUGGAGCCAGGUUGCACGUAGACUGGAUAGCAUUAUUCACCAAACAGCUAUAUCGAUGUCAACUUUAAAAACCUUUUUAAUUAAUUUAAUACUAAACGUAAGUGGGUGUUGUACCAACCAAGGCCAAUUUUUGAAAACUACAGUGAGGUUAAAUCCCAUCUGGCGAAUAACUGUAAACGGUAUCUGGUUAUGGUACAACACACCCCAAUGUUCUAACACGUUUUGGUCAUUAAAGCUUUCCAAGAAAUUUUCGGAAGAAGGGCAGCUUCGAAAUUUGAUGCACACCAUAACGACAGAGGAAGUGUUGACCAAGACGGCUGUUCAGUCAGCGCCAACUGAUCUUGAAGCAUUUAGAAUUGUGUAUAAGGAGGAAUUAAAGUCGACAGCAUAUGAUGGAAGGUAUUCAGGUAAGCAUUACAUAACUUUGAGUUGACCUAUUAUACCAAAACUGAAACACUAGGCUAGCUUCGUUCAAAGUAAACUUUUCCUCACUUGAUGCAGUGUAGAAACGUUACUUUCAUUGUUAGUUGUCAUAAUUCAUUUCUUUCAUAUUUGUGGGAGAUCAAAACUUUGUAUAUACAUGUACUGUGGUCAAACAGGAUUGGGAAAAAAACCCACUUGAUAUCAAAUGCUCUAUAUGGUAUUUUAAAAGAAAAUUUUCCUGCAGGAUUUUGAACAAAAAAUUCCCUAGUCUGUGCGUAUUUCUGCAAGUCCAAAAUUGCAUGGUGUUUGUGCCUGAAAGGUCUAACUAAGCUAAUUUGUACAAUCAGAUGAAUGUGUUUUAGAAUUUGAUGUUUUGUUUAGGUAUAUUGCAGGUAAUGUGGUUGGCUCACAGCAUACCGGUGACCAUACAUAUGCAUUGUUCUCGCCCUGGGUUUGACCUUUAUAACAGGCCUAUAAUGGUGCAGCAAUCCCAAAGCAUAGUACAUAUUUUAUGGGUUGACUUGAAGAACAAAGAAUGUACAACGCCCAACCAUAUCGUACCGUUGUUGCCAACAGAUGCGAAGGGUAAUAACUAUAUCUUUUCUAUUCCAAUCUUACAUAAUAUGCAUUCUUAACAUUUCUCCCCGUGAGAGCCGACUUUGUGUGAGGAGUGAGGGAUCAUGUGAUUAAUGAAGACUCGCGUGUACCCAUCACACUGUAUUAUCGGUAUUCCACUCUCUUUUUCAUUUACAUUAUCUGUACAUUAGAAUUUCUGAAUACUGGACGAAAGACGUGUGCAGCAUAUGAAUAUUGCCAACUGCAGAGUGAUGGCAUUGCAACUGGUAUGAUGGCCUGCAAUCACUGCAAUCAACUAUUUCACAAGGAAUGUGUAUUUUUCAUGGUCGAAACGGAACGUAUACCUGAAAGUUGGACUUGUGGUUGCAGUACUAUUUUUUCGGAAAUUAAGUGA